GCGCCUUUGUGUCUCAGUGGGUGAGACGUGUGAUGUCAUCGACUUGUGUCCCCUUCGGGGGAAAGGGCGAUGUCGCCCAGAGUUGACGCAUGCUGGGACACCUCAGUCUAUGAGCAUGAGAGCAGCGAACGGGCGAUGGGUCUGGCGGCGAGACGUGGCUUGAGAAGGUGACUGCGUUGCUUCAUCACCACCACCACACCACCACCAAGCCUCUUGGGCUGUCGUCUUCUGCGUAAUUGGUAGGGUUGGUUUCUGAUUUGUAUCUGGAUUGUUAAACAUUUGCAAUAAUGGGAAGAAGCUACUUUGUAGAAGAAGCGGUUGGACAAUAUCUGUCGGAGCUCAGUACCCGCUCAAAACCUUUUAUUACGGGUCUUUUGGUAGGGCAGUGCUCUCCGCAAAGGGACUAUGUUGUACUUGCCAUUCAAACGCCUCCAAAAGAGGAGGAAAGUAAAAGCAAUCAGAGUUACUAUGCAGAUUUAUCUAACAUUGAUGAAGAAUGGACAAUAGCACAUGCCAAUCAGGUGUCAAGAAUGCUUCCUGGAGGAUUCCUAGUUCUUGGUGUUUUUAUUGUUGCUGCUCCAGAGCUGGCGAAAGAAAUUCAAAGUACUCUACGGAAGCUUGUGUUUUCAAUAGAGAAGUCUUUAGCUAGAAAAAGGCUGUGGACCUUCUCUGAGGAAGAUGUGUCUGAAAGAGUGGCUCUUCAUCUUUGUUCUACUACAAAGAAAAUACUUUGUCGCACAUAUGAUGUACAAGAUCCAAAGAGUUCGGCUAAGCCGGCAGACUGGAAAUACCAGAAUGGUCUCUCUGCUUCCUGGCUGUCUUUAGAAUGCAUAAUUAAUGCUAAUAUACACAUCCCACUAUCAUCUACAUUAGCCAGCCAUGAUCUGGAGAAAAACACAAGGAAUGGAUUAACACGGUGGGCCAAACAGAUAGAGGAAGCCAUCUUUUUGAUCAAUGGUCAAGUAAAAGAGGAAGACGCCGACUUGCUGGAAGGUCAGAAAAAGUCUACAAGAGGAAACAUGCAAUCACCUACACAAACACUUGAUGUCAGAGUUUUGAUGCAAUUGUCACGAAAUACAAACUCCAGGUCCACAGCAACAGUCCAGAUAUGCAGCGGUUCCAUAAAUCUCAAAGGUGCUUUAAAAUGCAAAGCUUACAUCCAUAAUAACAAGCCAAAAGUUAAAGAUGCUGUUAAGGCCUUGAAGAGGGACAUCAUAAACACUCUCUCUGAUCGGUGUGAAAUAUUAUUUGAAGAUCUGCUUAUAAAUGAAACUCUAGGAAAGAAAAAUUCAGAGAGGGAGUAUCACACUUUGCCCUGCAGAGUAUUUGCCCCCAUUGCUGGAUCCAGUGUUUUGCUGUGUGAUUACAAGUUUGGUGAUGAGACAACCAGGGAAAUCCAAGAGCGUUUUCUUGAGAUGUUGGAUCAGGCUGUUCAAGCAGAGGAUUUGCAUCCAGCAGAGGAAAUAAACACAGUUGAAAUAAAUUCACCUAAGGAACUCCAAGAUGAUGUGCAACAGAAGCGGUUGACAAAAGAAAUGCUUUUGUUGAAACUUCAUCAGAACAUAGGCGUGGUGAUAGCAGUGGCUGUUGCAAUAUCGGCGGCAGCCUUCUCCUUUAACUACUUCAGUGACUAGACUUCAGACAUCAAGCAUCAUCCUGGAAACUCCAGCCACCAUAGAUUUAAUCAGAAGAUGCAUGCUUCUGGAACCGAGUGCAUUAGCAACCCAAUGUGUCACCUAAAAAUACCAAUUAGCUGUUCUAAAUAAUAAUGAUAGCUUCAGCUGUCUUGUUUCUGCAUGCUGAUAGUGUAGGUGGGGUGGUUUUAAGAGGGAGAAAGAACACCAACACUACCAACUGGGCAGAUGAUACCUGUAAUAUAAUCUUAUUUUUCCAGGAAGAAUAUCUCAAAUGUGUACUUUCCUCCUUACUAAUUAAAAGGAUAAUUGCUAAA